UAGCUACACAAGCUAGAGAAUUAACCGAGGCUAACCGUCGUCAUGGAGAUGCGGAGGAAAGAGCACAGCUGGCAGAGCAAAGAGAGCAAGCUACACAAUUACUUUUACAAGUGAAAGAUCGAAAUUUGGCUGAGGCCAACAGAAGAGAAGCUGACCUGUCUGCUCAAAUCACAGCUCUAGAGAGGGAGUUAGAAGGCAAGACAAAAGAGUUGGCAGCACACAAUACAGAGGUGUGGAGGAUUCCGGCCAACAGAGUGAUCACGAUGAGAACAAUUGGCACUGGAGGAUGGGGGGAGGUGCUGGAGGGAACAGUGAGCGUGGCCGUCAAGCGACUCUUUGCUGCCAUUGUCAACCCACGCAAUCUGGAGAGACUCCAGAGAGAAAUGAUGCUCUUGGCUGAAGUACGACACCCCAACCUGGUGCAGUUCAUUGGGGCAGUGUUUGACCAGUCCUCUCCUCUCAUCAUCACCGAGCUUCUGGACAUGAAUCUCCGACAAGCGUACGAAGAGAAUCAACUGGACCCAGGAAACCGCCUCUCGAUCUUCAUGAACAUUGCCCUAGCUCUGGACUACCUGCACCAGCGCUACGAUCCCAUCAUCCACCGUGAUGUGAGUGCUCCCAACGUCCUCCUCCAGCGAAUGCCCAACCACCAGUGGAAGGGGAAGGUCUCUGACCUGGGCUCAGCCAACUUCCUGCAGCAUGCUCAUACGAUGGGAGAGGGGGCCAUAAUCUACUCCCCUCCUGAAGUCAUCCCUCAAGCCGCAGAUCCGUUUAAUCCACCUCCAAGACAGUCUGUCAAGAUCGAUGUGUACAGCUACGGCAUUGUCCUCUGUGAGGUGACCGCUAGUCGAUUCCCAAGUGCUGAUCAUUAUCGAGACAUGAUUCUCCAAGUACAGAGAGAGCAACCUGUUAUGUGUGAGCUGAUACUCCACUGCACUAAGAGAGAGCCCAGCCAUCGACCCAGCAUGGCACAGGUGAUGGUGGAACUGAACAAAAUAGCACCCUUUUAACUAUGAACAAUGUGAACACUUAUAAUUAUCUAGUACCGUCUUUUUUUUUUUAUUGAAUUUGGAAUUUUAAAAUUAUUUUAGCUUUGACUUUUGUAGUGUGUGUUUGCACUCUCCUAUUAUGAUGAUUACUAUUGACUUUAUCUCAG